AUGGCCGAUACCACAGUUGCCAAAAUCACCGCCAGAUCCGGCUUCCAGUGGGUGAUGAUUGAUGCAGAGCAUUCUCCUCUGACAAUGGCUCAAGUGGUAGACCUCGUUCACACUGUGAGUGCAGCUUCUGCGGGCAACUGUUUGCCACUCAUUCGAAUCCCUUCCCACUCGACUGAGUAUAUCAAAUGGGCUCUUGACAGCGGCGCGGCUGGAAUUAUCAUUCCAAUGGUUCAGACACCGGAGGAGAUGGAAGCCAUCGUCCAAAGAGCUCGCUAUCCACCCCAUGGCACCCGCAGCUUCGGUCCCUAUCAAGCCCCAUUUGCUGAUCCUGCCACACAAACCUUUGCACAGUAUUAUGCAAAGGCGAAAGCUGGCCAGAUCGCAAUCUUGCCGAUCCUUGAAACCUGCCUGGCUGUUCAAAAUGCCGAAGCCAUCAUGGCCAUUGAAGGGGUGACGGGUGCUUUCAUUGGCCCAUACGAUCUUCGUUUAUCCCAAGGACUUCCGGGAGGAAGCGAUGGCGAAGAGGCAGAGUUUGUUAACGCCUUAGCCGAACUAUGUUCCGUCGGGAAGAAACUCGGCAAGCCAGUGGGGAGUAUGGGGUCCACUGAGCUUACGGCGAAGAAGCGGACUGAGGAAGGAAUGCAGUUUUUGCUCGUCUCUUUUGACUAUAAUGCCCUGAUGCAAGGAUAUAAAGCACAUCUUGAGGCCGCCAAGAGGGCUAUCAGUCUCACAAAGCUUUGA